GUCAGUGCGAGAGACUGUUUGCGUUAUGUGCGGACCUGAGCUGGGUUAACGAUUACAAAAGUGUCAAGAAUAGCUGCUCAUUUUGCAUUUUUUUUGGUUGGGGGAAGCACAGAAAAUCUCAAAAUAGUCACUUUAAAACAUGUCACAUAGCCAAAAUCUGACUGACUACUUACUUAACGUGAGUUAACUUGGCUAGCUAACGUUAGGUUAAGAGUAGCUAGCCAGCUGUCCAGCUAACUACAACAGUAUCAGGUGCUACUUGCCUGUGCUAACUAAUUAUCUUCGACGAUUAUAGCUACUUACAGUAACUAGCUAACUUCAUCACUAUUAAUCACAUUGCUGCCGCCGAGCAAGGAAACAACUGUGGAACUUGGAGUGCCUGGUCGGUGUUGUGAAUGAGGGAGUCAUGGCAGACCACACCCCCCCACUGGAGUCCGGCCAGAUACUCAGCCCCGACCUCCCGCUCCUCGCCUCGCCUCCCCCUGCCAUGGUCAACGGAGAGGGACCCCAGCAGGUAAUCCUGGUGCAGGUGAACCCAGGUGAGGCCUUCACUAUACGGCGAGAGGAUGGUCAGUUUCAGUGUAUCACAGGCCCUGCUCAGGUUCCCAUGAUGUCCCCUAAUGGUUCAGUGCCUCCAAUAUAUGUGCCUCCUGGAUACGUUUCACAGAUCAUAGAGGAGAAUGGAGUACGACGUGUUCUGGUCUUACCUCAGCAGCCAGAGUUCCACCCUGGGGGCCACUCCCCCCUGCACCACCCCCCUCCUCCACCCCACGCCCACCUGCCCGCCUUCAUCCCCCACCCCGCCAUGUUGCCCCCCCCACCCCACCUCUACACAGGCAUGGCGGGGGACAUGAGCUCCCAGUAUAUACCACAGUACCACCCGGCACACAUUUACUCAGAGCAGGUCUCGGCAGAUUCUCAUUCCCCACACGGACGCCCGCCGCCGUUUGUCCACCGCGACGAAAGGGCCAGCAAGACCUACGAGCGUCUGCAGAAGAAGCUCAAGGAGCGGCAAGGGGGAGAGAGAGGAGGAGGAGGUGGUCAGAUGAAGGACAGCCCCCCUCCCUCGCCACAGAAGAGUCGAAGCAGCCCCCCCUCCAUGGACAGUAUCUACAAUGGGGUGGUUGGAGGAGGGAAGGGGCUGGAGGCUGAACUGGGACAGGGACAGACCAGCACCACCGCCAAGCAGAUGGAGAAAGAACCUGGAGACAUGGAUAAAGAGGCUCAGCUCCUACAGGCCCUGUUGAACACUGUCAGUAAACCAGUGGUGACAGACAUCCAGGCCAAAGGGGCAGCGUUGAGCUGGGUGGCCCCCAGCAGGGCAGAGGGAGAGGGGGUCAGCCCCUCCCCGGAGCCUCUCAGUUACGACGUGUCCAUCUCCUACAGCGGCAAGGACGGGAAGUACACCAGCAUGUACAGUGGUGAACAACUAAGUGUAACUUUAGAAGACCUGAGGCCAGCAACAGACUACCACGUCAGGGUCGUGUGUUCAGGGCAGUGUUUACGCGGCAGUCCGUCGGAGGCAGUAGCCUUCACCACUCGGAGCUGCGAACCAGACCCCCCCAGCCCCCCCAGAAAGGCCAGUGGCUCCAAGAGCAGCACCCUCGUCCUCCAGUGGAAGGCCCCGUGUGACAACGGCUCCAAAAUCCAGAACUACACGCUCCAGUGGGACGAGGGGAAGGGCACCGGGGGUUAUGAGCAGUGUUACUAUGGACCUCAGAAACAGUAUCGGGUCACCAAGCUCUCUCCAGCUUCAAGAUACUCCUUCCGCCUCGCAGCCAAAAACGACAUGGGUACAAGUGAGUUCUCUGAGACAGUGGACCUGUAUACCUCGUGCAGCGUACCCUCCCCGCCCCUCCCUCCAGAGCUGGUGAAGGCAGGGGUGACCUGGUUGUGUCUGACCUGGCAGAGACCCUCCACUUCCCCCAAGGAGGACGAUAUCUUCUACAGCCUGGAGAUGGAUGAGGACGAGGGUUAUGGCUUCCAACCCAGCUAUGAUGGUGAUGAGCUAUCCUGCACUGUCAAGAACCUGCACAGGAGCACCAAGUACAAGUUCAGGGUGGCAGCCUACAACACUGAGGGGAAGAGUAACCCCAGUCAGGUGGCAGAGUUCACUACCUGUCCAGACAGACCAGGAGGACCAUGUAGACCUGUCAUCAGAGGCAGGGUACUGCCCAAUUCCUUCAGACUGGCAUGGGAACCUCCUAAAGAUAAUGGAGGGGCGGAAGUGACCAAAUACGUGGUGGAGAUAUCUGAGGGACUAAGCGGUGUGUCGUGGGAGCUGGCGUACAGUGGUCCAGCCAUGGAACAUGUGUGUGAGGGCCUGAAUCCAGGCCACUCCUACCAGACCAGAGUUUACUGCAUGAGUGAGGGGGGGCAAAGCCCACUGUCAGAGACUCUGCAGAUCCAGACUCCCGCGGUGCCCCCGGGGCAGUGCCAGCCGCCCCGCGUGGUGGGCAAGCCCAAGGCCAGAGAGGUGCAGCUACGUUGGGGACCGCCGUGUGUGGGCGGCGGCAGCCCGGUGUCGGUCUAUAGUGUGGAGGUGUGUGGCGCUGGUCCUCAGGGGUCAACAGGUCAAGAGGAGGUCAGGGAGGUGUACCAAGGUUCGGAGGUCGACUGCACCGUGGGUAGUCUGCUGCCGGGACGGACGUACAGCUUCCGCCUUCGGGCCGCCAACAAGGCUGGGUACGGACCCUUGUCAGAGCAUUGUGAGGUGACCAUGGGCCCCGGGGCUCCAGAGCCCUGUAAGGCCCCUCACAUCACCUGCAAGUCUCCUACUGUGGCUGUGGUCAGCUGGGAGGCUCCAGCGUGUAACGGGGGGGUCGUCUCAGAGUACCGUGUGGAGUGGGGGGCAGCGGAGGGCACCAUGCAGGUGUGUUUCAGCGGUGCCAGCGGUGCCAGCCUCGCCCACGAGGUCAAGGGACUGCUGCCCGCCACCAACUACUUCUGCCGGGUCCAGGCUGUGAACGUGGCUGGUGUAGGUCUGUUCAGUGAGGCUGUCCUCUGUCAAACUCCUCCUUCUGUACCUGCGGCCGUCAGCAGCGUCCAUGCCCUCAAAGAGGCGGAGCUACGGGGAUACCACACCUCCACAGACCAGGAGGAAGAGGAGGAGGAAGAUGGACCCCCCACGCCUCCUCUCUACUCCCCCUCCACUUGUCUAGCUGUUGGUUGGGAGCCGCCCUGCGACCACGGGGCUGAGAUCUCCUCCUACCUCAUAGACCUGGGAGAGAGACAGUCCAUCUCUGUCGGACCAGUCACCAAGUAUAUCAUUCAGCAUCUGCAACCGGACACCAGCUACAGGAUUCGUAUCCAGGCUCUGAAUAACCUAGGAUCAGGUCCCUUUAGCCACACCUUUAAGUUGAAGACCAAACCUCUCCCUCCCCAGCCCCCCCGGCUAGAGUGUACUGCGUUCAGCCACCAGACCCUCAGGCUGAAGUGGGGUGACGGACCGGCCAAGGCCACGCCCUCAGACGCCCUCCAGUACCAGCUGCAGACGGAGGACAAGAGAGGCAGGUUUGUCUCCUUGUACAGAGGGCCCUGCCACACUCACAAAGUCCAGCGGCUCAAUGAGUGUACCUCGUACAUGUUCCGCAUCCAGGCCUUCAACGAGGCGGGCCAAGGUCCCUUCUCCGCGGUUUACACCUUCACCACCCCCCGCUCGCCCCCCGCACCUAUUAAAGCUCCCAGAGUAGAGCGUGUGGAGGACAUGUCUUCAGUCUGUGAGGUGAGCUGGGAGCCCCUGCUGCCCAUGAAGGGAGACCCCAUCAUCUACACGGUGCAAAGCAUGAUGGGUAACUCUGAGUACAAACAGGUGUAUAAAGGUUCUGCUACGUCCUACCAGAUGCCCGGCCUGCAGCCCAACAGUGAGUACCGCUUCAGGGUGUGUGCCAUCCGCCAGUGCCAGGAUGCUCCAGAGCUGAGUGGUCCCUACAGCCCCACGGUGACGCUCUCCCCCCAGCGCAGUGAGCUGUCAGCGGGCAGUGUGAGCAGUGUGGGCCCCCGGGCUGGAGCUGACCCCGCCAGGCCCUUAACAGAUGAGCAGUGGGCUGCUCUCAUCAUCAUGCUCUGCGCAGUCAUCUCCAUCCUCAUCGCUUUCAUCAUCCAGUACUUUGUUAUCAAGUGAGCUUGUAUCUCCCUUGUUCUUCUCCUCCGUCUCCUCCUCCCCAGUUCCUUCCUUCUCCUCCCUCCCUUCUCCUCCCUCCCUUCUCCUCCCUCCCUUCUCCUCCCUUCCGUCUCCUCCCUCCCUUCUCCUCCCUUCCGUCUCCUCCGUCUCCUCCCCAGUUCCUUCCUUCUCCUCCCUCCCUUCUGCUCCCUUCCUUCUCCUCCCUCCCUUCUCCUCCCUCCCUUCUCCUCCCUCCCUUCUCCUCCCUCCCUUCUCCUCCCUUCCUUCUCCUCCCUUCCUUCUCCUCCAAGCUGCAGGGUUACAGCUUUAAUUUCCUGUUUGAUGUUGUAGUUUAUUUCUGUUGUCACCUCUGGGUUGAUUAUGAUUAGCACCGGUGAGGGAGUCCAGGAGGCAGGAAGUCCAGAGGAAAUGAUAGCUUCCUGUCUCUCCCCCCCAACCUCCCUUUACAGAAGCCUCUCAAUGUUUAACAAGACACCGCUGUGUUUCGUUACCCUGCACAGAAUAGAGUACCACAUUAUGAGUCAUAAUACCCAUAACACCUAGAGGUCAAACAGGGAAAUGGUUCCAAUUGUUUGUUUUUUUCACAUAGUGGAUUUUUAGAAACACUUAAAAUAAGGGCUGUGUUUGCCCUGUUGUGAUGUUUUGAUAACCCCUGUAAAUCUCUUUCAGACAAAGUGACUUUUCGUCAAUAUACCUGUAUUUACCCUGCAAAACUUAAAUGCUAAUUAGCUGCUAAUGUGGCUAUCAUAAAGAACUACAAAUACCAUGAUGAUCUGGACGAGACUGCCGAAUCGAAUUAACUAUCUAUUGUUAGCUAAAUGUAGUAAUGAAUAAAUUGGCAAAAAAUAAUAAUAAUAAAUGGACAAUUCUGACAACUGUCUUGUGCAAGUUUUAAAUUGACACAAAACACCUGUUAGCUAAGGUGUCAGCUUGAGAUGACGUGCAGGAGCUUGCUGGGAUUUGUAGUUUUGCAUGUUGUCUACUUUGAUGCUAAUUAGCAUUUUCACAUCUGAGAGUAAAAUGGAGCCGAAAUAUAUUGAUAAAAGUCCUAGAGAAAUGUACAGGGUUAUCAAAAAUGUCCCGCCAGGCUAAGCCUACACAAAAACACAGCUCUUCAUUUGAAGGGUUUCUAUAAAAAAAAAAUCCCCCUAUGUGGAAAAAAAAUGAACGGUGGAAAUACUAUUAGAACCAUUUCCCUGUUUGACCCCUAGGGUAUUAUGGGUAUUGGUAUUGUGACACCUCCACUGUGAGGCUCUAUACUUCAUUGUGAUUGGUUAACCUGUACAGAAUGGAUAAUGAAGGAGCAGGGUUUUACAGUUAAAAGAUACAUUUCACUCACCAUGUACGUGUCCAAACCAUAUAUAUGUAUCGCUUAUUCAUUUAUUUAUGUCGUUGGUUAAAAGGGUCCAGAAUGAAACUAUGUUAGUAGAUAGGUUUAUAUUAUAUAGCAUAUGUGCUGUUAGGACCUGGGACCUGAUCUGGCCAGUGUUUUGCACAGAAACGCACGAUACACAGGUGUAGGUGUGCCACAGUUAAACAUGCUGGCUUCACGACGUGCUCGCGGGAAAUGGGAAGCUGGGAAAUGGUACGUCUGUGACAGGAUCAAUAAGAUUCAAGCUAGCUUUGAUAGGCUUGCUAACGUCGCUUAUAAUAACGUUAGCUAGCUUUGAUAGGCUAGCGAACGUCGCUUAUAAUAACGUUAGCUAGCUUUGAUAGGCUAGCGAACGUCGCUUAUAAUAACGUUAGCUAGCUUUGAUAGGCUUGCUAACAAAGCGUAUAAUAACGUUAGCUAGCUUUGAUAGGCUUGCUAACGUCGCUUAUAAUAACGUUAGCUAGCUUUGAUAGGCUUACUAACGUCGCUUAUAAUAACGUUAGCUAGCUUUGAUAGGCUUGCUAACGUCGCUUAUAAUAACGUUAGCUAGCUUUGAUAGGCUUGCUAACGUCGCUUAUAAUAACGUUAGCUAGCUUUGAUAGGCUAGCAAACGUCGCUUAUAAUAACGUUAGCUAGCUUUGAUAGGCUUGCUAACGUCGCUUAUAAUAACGUUAGCUAGCUUUGAUAGGCUAGCUAACGUCGCUUAAAAUAACGUUAGCUAGCAUAACGUUGACAAAUAUGGUCAGACGAGCUACAUUUAUCCAAAUUGAUACGGUUGUAAUUGUCAGAAACAAAAUUUGUUGUCAUUUGUUUUGGUCGGAAAAGGUUUUCAGGUCAGUGGUGAAACGUCUCAACUCGAGUAACAUCAUUUUCUCAGAGUUUCCCCGCGUGUAAUUCCGACUUGAAUUUAAGUCCGACUUGAAGGUCAUUCAGAGUGAAAUUUCCAACUGUGAACUGGGAACUUCCGAUAACUCCGAUUAGCAUGUGAACACAGCAACAGUUAGGAAGUGGCUGGGGGGAGGUCAGAGGUCAGGUGUACAAACAGAGAUACCUAGGAAGGGGGAAGUGGCCACCACACCUUCUAUAGUUUAUAUAAAGGGUUAAAUAGAGAGGAAGAAUAUAUAUCCAAUUCUUGUUUGCAUUAUAGAAUGUUCAUUUAGCACUUUCUGAUUUUGUUGAUGUUCAGAGGGCCGUAGGGACGCAGGAGUUGACUGGAGAAAUGGUAGUAUAUUUUUGUAUAGUGAAGACACAAGGACAUGUUAGUUGUUGGAGAAGUUAAUCGCUCAGAAGUAGAGUUUAGGGGAAAAUAAAACACAUAAAACCGAACUAACACGAUGAUGAUGAUGAAUAAUUCUAAUUAUUUUUACUAUCAUAUAGUUAUACUGUAGCUUGUAUUCACAAUUAUGCAGAAUUUUUUUUGUUUUUAGUUCUUCAGCACAAAACAUGUACUUCGCUUACUAUCCAUAUUCUCUAUGUUUUUUUGUGUGUUUUUUUUUUUCACUACUUAAUUUUGCACCUUAAGUGAAAGAGGAAACCUUGACUGAAUGUGUCUUGGUUUUGUUAUCCAUUUUAUAGAACUACGUAUUUUCAGAUUGUACAAGCCCUACUACUGGUGUUUUGGGUGUUUUAAAAGUUCCAGUACCUACCACAUGACGUGUUGUCAUAGUAACAACAGAUUUUCUCCCGAUGGUAUCAGACCAGUUUGUUGUUUUCAGAGGAUUAAAGUAAACAAAAUAAACUUGGAUGCAUUUUCUUAAUUUCUCUUUUAUUUUUUUUAUUUUUUUUUUAGAAAACACUUUUGUUUUUUGUUUGUUCAUUUUAUUUUUUUUAGCAAUAUUGAUUUGAUGUUAUCUCUAACCUAUAAUACGUAUAAUAUCAAUCACGAUGAAAUUAAAUAGUUGUAUUUGGAGGAUA